AUGCACUUCUCAAACCCCUUCCUUGUCGCUGGGCUCAUUGCCUUUGCCUCAGCGUCUCCAGCUCCAGCUCCGGAGCCAACAACACCGACUGCAGCCCAAACCUCAGCCCUAGUUAAUGAUGUUGAAUCUUAUAUCGCCGCUCUGGCCACCCAACCAGCCCUGCUUUCAAUAGUUUCAAGUCUUGCCACCGAUACAGCCGCCCUCAACUCUCUCCAAGCUUUUCAAGCGUCCCUCCAAUCAGACGUUUUGAAUGGCCAAAUCCCGAAUACAUCCGUUUUGACUGCUUUACCUUCUCCACUCGCCAGCGUUAUUGCAUCAGUCUACACCGUAGAAUUGAGCAUUCUCAGCAAAGAUGGUUUCGGUGAUUUGGUGGCAAGCGCAACUGCGACUGAAGCUGCCACUGCAUCAGAUACUGGUGCGGCAAAGACUGCGAUUGCAACUCAAAAGAGUUCAGCGAGUGGAACUGGAAGUGCAAGUGCAAGUGCAAGCUCAACUGAUCCUGCGACAGUAGAGAAGGGUGCUGCUGGUGCAUUAGGCGUUGAUAUGUUGAGGAUCUGUGGAGGAUUAGCGGUUGGUGUUGUGGGUGCUGUUAUGGCUUUGUAG